AUGAGUAAUAAUACAAAUGGAGAAAUAAUUAUCCCCCAAGAAUAUUUAGAAAAGUCAGAAUGUUUGUUUAAAGAAUUAAAAGAAUUAAAUAUAAAUUUUAAGGAAGUUAAACAUGGCUUAGCUGCUACCAUUAAAGAUUUAUUAGAAAUGAAUUUAGAGAAUUCUACAAAUAUAUUAAAGAAUUUAUUUUUAAAAGAUAAGAAGAAAAAUUAUUUUCUAAUAUGUACAUUAAAUAACAAAACUGUGGACUUAAAAAAUUUAUCAAAUAUUUUAAAAACGAACAACUUAAGGUUUGUUGACGAAAAUAGUUUAAAUAAUAUUCUGAAUAUACAACCAGGUUCUGUAAGUCCUUUGGCUAUGAAAAAUGAUAAAGAAAAUGUGGUAAAAUUAUAUUUUGAUGAAGAGAUAAAAAAUAUGCAAGAAGUUAUUAUACAUCCUUUACAUAAUUAUAGUAGUUUAUAUAUAAAAACAGAGGAUGUAAUCAAAUUUUGUGAAUUCUUUAAUCACACUCCUGAAUAUAUACAAAUUAAAGAAGAUACUACAUCAAAAGCACGUGUAGAUAAAAAAGAAGAUGUACAAGAAGAAAUGUCAAAAAAUGAAGAAUUACAGAAUAAUAACAAUAAUAAUAAUAAUAAUAAUAAUAAUAAUAAUAACAAUAAUAAUAAUAAUAACAAUAAUAAUAAUAUCAAAGAUAACAAUUUAAAAGGAAAAGUUUUAAGUAAUAAUGAAGUCGAAGAAAACAAAUCUAAGGAUAGUAAUAUUUUAGGUAUCACUUCCAAAAAAAUAGAAAAUUUUUCAGAUUGGUAUACUCAAGUUAUUGUAAAAAGUGAAUUAAUUGAAUAUUAUGAUAUUUCGGGUUGUUAUAUAUUACGACCCGCUGCAUAUUAUAUAUGGGAAUGUGUACAAGCUUUUUUUAAUAAAGAAAUAAAAAAAUUAAAUGUUGAAAAUUCUUAUUUUCCAUUAUUUGUUACAAAAAAUAAAUUAGAAAAAGAAAAAAAUCAUAUUGAAGGUUUUAGUCCUGAAGUUGCCUGGGUUACAAAAUAUGGUGAUUCUACUUUACCCGAAGAAAUUGCUAUAAGACCAACAAGUGAAACAAUUAUGUAUUCAGUCUUCCCUAAAUGGAUUAGAUCAUAUCGUGAUUUACCUCUUAAAUUAAAUCAAUGGAAUACUGUUGUACGUUGGGAAUUUAAACAACCAACUCCAUUUAUUAGGACACGAGAAUUUUUAUGGCAAGAAGGACAUACAGCUCAUAAAAAUGAAGAAGAAGCUGUAAAAUUAGUAUUUGAUAUUCUAGAUUUGUAUAGAAGAUGGUAUGAAGAAUAUUUAGCUGUACCUAUCAUUAAAGGAAUUAAAAGUGAAGGUGAAAAAUUUGGAGGUGCAAAUUUUACUUCUACUGCUGAAGCUUUUAUAAGUGAAAAUGGAAGAGCCAUACAAGCAGCUACAUCGCAUUAUCUUGGAACAAAUUUUGCAAAGAUGUUUAAAAUUGAAUUUGAAGAUGAAAAUGAAGUGAAACAAUAUGUUCAUCAAACUUCAUGGGGAUGUACUACUAGAUCUAUUGGUAUUAUGAUAAUGACACAUGGUGAUGACAAAGGAUUAGUUCUACCACCAAAUGUUUCUAAAUAUAAAGUUGUUAUUGUACCUAUCUUUUAUAAAACAACAGAUGAAAAUGCUAUACACUCUUAUUGUAAAGAUAUUGAAAAAAUAUUGAAAAAUGCUCAAAUUAAUUGUGUUUAUGAUGAUAGAGCAUCUUAUUCUCCUGGUUAUAAAUUCAAUCAUUGGGAAUUAAGAGGUAUUCCCAUAAGAAUAGAAGUUGGACCUAAAGACUUACAAAAUAAUUCUUGUGUUAUUGUUAGAAGAGAUAAUAACGAAAAAUGUAAUGUGAAAAAAGAAUCUGUAUUAUUAGAAACACAACAAAUGCUUGUUGAUAUUCAUAAAAACCUUUUCUUAAAAGCAAAGAAAAAAUUAGACGAUUCAAUUGUUCAAGUUACAAGUUUCAGUGAAGUCAUGAAUGCAUUAAAUAAAAAGAAAAUGGUCCUUGCCCCAUGGUGUGAAGAUAUUGCAACAGAAGAAGAAAUUAAAAAAGAAACUCAAAGAUUAUCAUUAAACCAAACAAACAGUGAAACUACAUUAUCUGGUGCUAUGAAACCUUUAUGUAUCCCGUUAGAUCAACCACCUAUGCCACCAAAUAUGAAAUGUUUCUGGUCAGGGAAACCAGCAAAAAGAUGGUGUUUAUUUGGUCGAAGUUAUUAA